AUGGCUACCACAAAUAAUCUUGUCAAUCCUCAAGUGCCAAAAUUAUUGAAAGAUAACUAUGAGAGUUGGUCAAUCCAAAUGAGAGCCUUAUUUGGUUCUCAAGAGUUGUGGGAGCUGAUCAUUGAUGGGUUCACGGAACCUACACCAGAAGUAGAAGCCACCUAUACCGCCGAAGAGAAGAAGGCUCUCAGAGAACAAAGAAAGAAGGAUAGCAAGGCUCGUUUUCUACUCUAUCAAGGGUUGGACGAGUCUACCUUUGAGAGAGUUGCCGAAGCAACGACAAGCAAGGAAGCAUGGGAAAUCCUUGCGACCAUCUACAAAGGUGUCGAGCGGGUGAAGCGAAUUCGCCUCCAAACUUUGAGGGGCGAUCUUGAAGCCGCUCAAAUGAAAGAUGAAGAACAAAUCUCCGAUUAUUAUUCACGAUUACUUCUAAUUGUGAAUAAAAUAAGGAGAAAUGGAGAGAAGAUGGAGGACAUCCGAGUGAUGGAGAAGUUGCUCCGAUCCCUCACAUCAAAAUUCGAGCACGUGGUGGCGGCAAUUGAGGAGUCAAAGAAUUUGGAGGAUAUCUCAAUAGAGGAGCUCUUGGGAUCUCUCCAAGUUCAUGAACAACGAAUGCAAAAGAAGGCUAGUUCCAUAGUUUUGGAGCAAGUACUAGAGUCAACAUUGACUCUAAGUAAUCAAGGCUCACAAGCAAGAGGUCGUGGUCGUGGUCGUGGUAGAGGCAGAGGACGUGGUCCCCAACAACAAACCACUCAAAAUCAACCGAAGCAACAAAUGAUGUGGGUAACAACUCUACGCUUCUUCUUGCUAAUGAUGAUUCAAGUGUUGAGAAUGAUGCUUGGUACCUUGACUCGGGUGCUAGCAACCACAUGUGUGGGAAGAAAGAACUUUUCAUGGAACUCGCAGAAGGAGUUCAUGGAAGUGUGA